AUGUCCGGCUUUCCAGCUAUUACUUCUCCUGGUACACAUUCAUAUUUUCCAAGCCUACUGGCCCAUGUACGCGCUGUCCACCCAUCCCUCCCUCUCGACUCCGUGGUACUACAGUCGCUCCUCCUUUGUCUCACUGCGCGCAUACCGACUUCAUUCGCGUCAUCUGCUAAACACGCUGAAGACAUAGAUAAGGAUGCACUAGGAAACGCAUCCACGGACACAGCGGCAACAUGUGCCUACCUGAUACUGCGGACUAGGGAAGAGGAUGUUGCCAUGCUUGUUCAUUUGGUCAGCUUGACCUUAACGACUGUCUUUGGUAUCCCCACGCACAAACACAAGAUCGCCCCCAAACCAGUUCAAUUUGCGAAACAUAAACGUGCCAGGGUCCCUAUAGAUCACUCGAUGUCCCCGGACGCAUUUCUCCGCGCUCUUUUCUUCCGCAGACCAUCGUCUUCAACCUCUGCGCGACAUAGCACUGAGACAACACCUCGAGGAGGAAGCAGAGGACGGUCGCCCACUCACGCUCAUCGGCGUUCAUUGUCACAAACCCCACGACCAUCUCCUCUUCGACUGUCGCAAUCCAUCGAGCAAGAACGGUUAGACGACGGAAGUACGGACUACUUUUUCGACGGAUCGUCUUUGGCGUCGUCCAGGCGGCCACUGAUUUCCGCGUCAGCACCUACUCCCUCAUCUACUUUGCGCUCGCGUCGAAUACAUUUGGAGCGUAUGCGCACGGACCCGCUUCCGUUGAGUCUCUCGCUCGGUAUGUUUGCAUCUCCGGACGAAUUUCCUGCAACGGCUCCAGCGGCCAUGGAACUGCGUAGAGAGUUGUCCGAGAUCGGUAGCGAGGAGUUGGAUUAUUUUCGCCCACUUCCGCCCCUAGCUAAGGCUGUCGUAGUGUCGGGACUAGAACAUGCUGCGCUCCCUGCACAGCGAGCGUUGUUGCGGGUAUUGUCCGAGAGAAGACUGGUGUUGGAUGAAGAUAUCAUCAAUGAUGCUCAAGGCGGAACGUGGAACAUCCCAAGCGACUUUCUGAUGGUGUACGUCUGCAAGGCAGACUCGCGAGAGCGUCCUAGCGUCCUCCGCGGUUUGGUAGAUAAAUUCUCCAUGAGCGUAGACAUCACAAUUGCCCCCACGACUCGUCAGGCGUAUGCAGCGUAUCGAGGAACACCUAAUGCUACGCCCCACUCAUCGCCCUUCCCGACAGCACCUUCACUGCCACACACAGAGAGUAGUCCCGCCUCACCUGCCACACCACUGCCGCUGCGCUCGCCCGCAUUCCGCACGAUUUCCCUCAGCUCGCAAACACACCCCCUGCUACCUCCACCUUCAGUCUCGCCUUCCGGACUGGCUGCACUGCGAGCACUGGCAGGUCCGGCGCCCACUCCCCACGCACAGGCACGCACCGUGAUCCAUCCCUCGCUGGAGCUGUACCUCCGUGAUCUCUUCUCCGCGACUCGACACCAUCCUGAGCUGGACGGCACGCUCCUCACUCACCGCGCACGCAUAGAUGCGGAGGCCCUCAUGCGUGCUUUCCGCGUCAUCGCGGGCGACUCGACCGGCACGGCGCUCAUCCAAGAGGCGGCGAUCCUAGAGCUGGAGGCGAAGGCGGGGCUGACCAGCGCAGCGGACGGCACCUCGACCCGUGGCAGCGGCAGCGGAAGGCGCAGCACGUACUCAACGUGGGAGAAAGACGUGAUCGAGACGGACUGGGCAGGGGGUGGUAAGGCGUCGAAGGACGGAGAGAGCAGCAUUGCCGGUGCAGAGGACGAGAGGCAGGUCCCGAUGAGGGUGGACUUGCCCUUCAGUGGACCAACGAGCCCGGACGAGGAGUACAUUGAGAUUCCGGCUCCUGCGCUGCCACAGUCGACGGAGGUAUGGGACGUGUCGGAGGUGGACGUCGCGAGGGUGUUCCCGCGAGUGGUGUCGCAUCGUCUCAGUGUGAGGAGCGGUCCGGACGACGAGAUUACGGGGAGUGUGAUGUGGCCGGCUGUUGAUACCCAUGCACUCAGUACGGAGGGCACUCUGGGUGCUGGAGUUGAGUGGGAGCGCAGGACGGUCAAGGACGUUCUUGUCGAGAUCCUGGCAGAUGUGUAG